GUAGUAGUGGUGGUAACAACUACACCAGCAGCGUAGAUAGUAACGGUAGUAGUGGUAGUAGUGAGAAACAGUAAGAACGUUGUUGUUACUGUCGGUAGCGAUGUGUUCAAGAACUUCACUGUUUCUUCAGAAUCGGACGUUGCCUAUUUAGCGGAAUCUAACACUGAAAUGGAGAAUGGUUAAAUUAUAGUAGCAAGAGCAGCAGUAGCAGAAGCACCACCACCACCGCCACCACCACCACUAACAAUAAGGGAAAGAGGGAGAGAGAGUUUUUAUUCGAAUUUUGGCAUCGAAGUUAGGAAAAGUUGGUGGAAAAAAGUUAGAGAAUUAAAUUUAAAGCACAAUAGGAUAGUGAUGAUGAUAAUGAUGAUGACAAUGAUGAUGGUGAUGAUGAUGAUGAUGGGGAUGCUGACAACGACGACGACGAUGAUGAUGAUGGCGGUGAUGACUUAAGAAGUUGGAACAGAAAACUUUUCCACGUGAAGUUUUAAGGGCGACCACGUCGAAAUGUGGAAACUGUUGAAAGAAACUACUAGAUUCUGGAUUAUUUUUCUAACAAAAGAAACUCGCUUUUACUAACACACUUCUUCUUCUCACUACUACUGCCACUACUACUACUACUAUUGAAAACUGUGACCUAAAUUAUUUAAAGUUUAAGGGACAAUUUCACACAUUAUUUCAAAUUUCAAAUUUUCAUAUUUUCUCUUUAAUUUGGAAAUAAGACAAACUUUUUCGAAUAUUUCAAUUAAGAAUUUUAUUGCGUACGGCAUUCAAGUACAUCUCUUAAAAAAAGUAUAAUAGGGUACUUUGUUUUUAUCCACGGACCUACCGAAAUACAAUGUGAUGUGAUGUCGUAUGAACUGGAAAAUUACAAGGCUUUCCCCCAAAUAGUGAAAUUACUUUUAAAAAAAUCAUCUUAGACUUGAUAAACUUCUCUAAUUUAAAUAUCUACAAAAAGAAAAUCAAAUAAAAUGGUAUAGAAUUAAUCAAUAUCGUUUCCCUUCUGUAUAUAUUGGUAAAGAAGGAAGUUGUAUUAAUUUAAAUGAUUGUCAAUAAAAGUUAUUUUGCGUGUGUGUGUGUGUGUCUGUAGAAAAAAAAGUUAUAAACUCAAAUACAUUUAUUACAACACACGACAAAAAUAACAGUUGGAAAAGAUAAUAUCUUUUCUUUUAUUAAUUCCGACCAACUUCAAAAACACCGAAAAAGUACAAAAAUAAAAAAGAAAAAAGAACUUUUAAAACCUCUUCCGGUUUAUUUAUGAACUUUGAGGAUUUCAGUUACUCCCUUACUACUUUGUUUCUACCCGACUUGGCUUCAGCCACCCGGCUAUCAUGCGGUUUGAUCUUAAGUCAGACAUCGAGAUAUGAUGAACGGGUUAAUAGUUUUCGAAGUGAUCUUGUUAUCAUGUGUAGUAGUUUCCCUAAUGACCCCUACUUCUGUCACACGUGCCUGUAAGUUUCGCGUCGACGCAUGCGAACCUUUAAAAAGCAAUGUUUGUUUAGGGGCCCAGGUUGAUUUCACUCAUACUUCGACCGUAUUUCUGAGAGACGGCGGUAACGACAAUUCGACCGUGACGCAAGAAGAGAUUCAACAGAAGUUACAACUAUGGAAAGGACUCCAGAAUUUCCACAAGUGUUGGUCGGUGGUGCAGCAUCUCUUGUGUUCUGUCUAUGUACCGAAAUGCGAUCCGAACACGGCUGAAGUUGAAUAUCCCAGUCGCGAGUGGUGCCAAAGCGCCGAAAAACAAUGUAGAAUUGUAGAGACUUUUAACAAGGAUCAGGGAUGGCCAUCCUUCCUACGAUGUCAGGCCAAUCACUUUAAGGAAUCUUGUAAAUCACACUCCUUCACUCCACGUUGUACAAUUGUCAUUUAUUUCUUGCUGAGAUAUUUCAACAAGGUGUUAAUGAAAUCUUUGUCUCAAAUGGUCACUUUACUUGUUUCUUUCAUCCAGCUGACCUUCCUGAUCGACUGGAAGAAUGCCAGCCGCUAUCCUGCCCUCAUCCUGUUUUUCAUUAAUAUCUGCUUUGUGAUGGGCAGCAUUGGAUGGUUGGCCCAGUUUGCUGGAAAUGCUCGAGAGGAUAUUGUAUGUAAUGCUGACAAAACUGUACGGAUUGGUGAACCGCAACCAGGUUCUGGUGAAAGUGCUUCCUGCAGCAUCAUAUUCCUCCUCAUCUACUAUUUCACAAUGGCUGGCGUCCUUUGGUUUGUCAUGCUCUCCUACGCCUGGCAUACAACAUUCAAGGCUCUUGGUACCCCCCGUGAUAUACUCAGUGGUAAAACUGCCUAUUUUCACAUCAUUUCAUGGUGUGUCCCUUUGGUACUCUCCAUCACCUGCCUUGCAUCUUCAGAAAUCGAUGGUGAUUAUAUAUCUGGUAUAUGUUUCGUUGGCUAUGUCAACCGUGGAAUACGUGCUCUAUUUGUUCUUGUACCAAUUGCCAUAGUCCUUAUCUUAGGACUCAAUUUUAUGGUCAGAAGCUUAUGUACACUAAUCAGUGUGAAGAAGGAGACACCGGACUUUAUUGGAGACAAAGCCACUGCUAAGAUCCAAGAGACAAUCAUUAGAAUUGGAAUGUUCUCUGGUCUUGCAGUGCUGUUCGUCUGUGUCACGCUUGGUGUACAUACGUACAAAUAUGUCUGGGAAGAAGAUUGGAGGAAGAAUCUCAAGGAUUAUGUCAUGCUGUUCUAUUUGUUUUUUUUUAUUGGCUUUUUUACAUGUCUUUCAGGGAUGAAGUUUGAUUUAAAUAGCGUCAGUUCCAGAGAUGUUUCUUCUGAGUUUGCUGCCAACAUGCCAAAAUUGGUUCGAAGACGUGGAGGUAUGUUUCAGCCCAUGGCUGGAACCCUAAGGAGAUAUUCAGAUUCUGAUAUUGCAUCGGUGACAUCACGGAUAUUUUCCAUGGAAAACAGCGACGGAGAGAGAAUAGAUGAUGGAAACGAGCAAAAACUGAAGAAGAAAAAGAAGAAAAAGAAACGUUUUUCGAAUAACCGUGUCAAACCUCAGUUGACCCCUUUGGUCCUAGCCAUGCAGAAAGGGGCACAGGAGUUCCUUCGGAACAGUAAAAGACACAAGCGCCGUGGUAGUGAUACAUCAGGGAUCAGUCGGGCAUCGGCACAGAGCAUCCAUUUCUCUCUGGAUCGGAACAGCAGUGCUGAUGGUCUGUCUAUUUCGUCGAUGAAACCAAAUUCAGAAUUGAACAUUCAUAAAAUCCACAAGACAGAAACAAAAUCUAAAAGAGUGACAAACUUUGCUAUUUUCACAGCUAAUUCUUUAUUGCCGGGAUCUGUACAAGACAAUGACGGCCCACAAGGGACGAAUUUAGCCAUGGGAGACAUGACUGCUGGUCAUUCAUCCUGUACGCAGUGUGGUGCCCAAAGUGUUUUCCCACCUGAAAUUGCCAUUUUUAACAUAGAAGAUGAAACUUCAUCAACCACAUCUUCAUCUUGCUGAUUAUUGCCUAGACUCCAAUUUCACCAAAGACAUUUCUAUCAGUUCACAGAUAACAUUGCAUCUUUUGGGACAUCCUACAAACAGAGGGUACUUGAGAUUCAUUCCUCGAGUCUCUCGCAAGGACUGGAGGUUGAUGUCUAUUAUUUUUUUUUUUUUGUCUCCAGUUCUGACUUGCCAUUUACCCUUUUGUUACCAUAUUUCUCUGCCUUUGUUUCAAAUAACUUUCAAAAUGAUGAAGAAUUAGCUAAAAUAACAUUUUCAUUAUUAACCCUUUAGCAUUCACAUUAUUUUCUGUCAAAUACAUUGCUUAUUUAUUCACAUUGUUUUUGAAUUAAUCAUACAUUAUCUCAUAACUUCAAGAACUUGAUAUAAUAGCAUAUUUUUACAAUGACAUUACCGGAUAAACAUGAGAAGCCACAUCUGGUUGGCUUGAGCAUAAAACUGAUCAAAUAUUUGAGCUGGAUAUUGUCAGUUUAAAUGCAAAAGGAUUAAACUAGUGACAAACUUUGCAAAUACAGACAAGACACAGAUGUGUGUCAAUAGCCAGCUGGAGGAGAUGUUCUCCUGGGGCUAAAAGCAACAGUAACAUCCACUCUUAGGGUUCAGCUGCAUUUAAGUGGCAAAUAUACUUCACGUUGUCAUGCAGUUACUGUUAAUACCUCGUUCAGAGAUUUAAGAUUGAUUAAACUAGUGUUUGGAGCAUAAAUGAACUUGAGAUUUUGAUGGGAGAUUUUAAUUUCGACAAUUAAAAAAAGGCAAGUUUGUGCCAUAGAACCAAGGGCAGUGUGAGGCAGGUUGGUACCAAAAGGGUUAAAAUGAACAAAAGAGAUUAUAUUUUUGCAUUGAUUCAAUACAUAUUUGAGCAUCAAACCCUGGCAUCAAGCCUCAGCUCAGAAGACUCAUUCAGUGAGAAGUUUUUGAUGUAAUUAAACCCCCGAGUCCCAUUUUAAUUUAACAUACUGAUUCAACGACAUGGUCAUUGAAAAGAUAUGUAAACUUUUAUUGCAGACUAGUAUUGAACCUGUUCCUCAUUGUUUUUAAAACUGAAACUUUCACAUUAACAUUAUUUUCGGGCUUCUGUCUCCAUUUUAAUUUUUUUGUAUUCUCAGGAACUUGUAGCAAUAGACUUCAGCUGUCUAUUUAAAGUGCUGUCUCUUCCCAUG